CGGGCCAACUCACAUACCAGUCAUACGAUAGCAAAUCUGUUUAAUUACCUUUACUUUUUAUGGCGUAUGUAGCCAUCUGGAGAUCUAAUCGGGUAUAAGACACGUAUACAAAAUAAUUUUAAGCUAUGUACUAAAUAUCCCCUACGUCAUCGUGAAACUUGCGCCUUGGAUUUUAGUGAAUGGAUUUUACAUCUUUGGAUUGCAGAUAACAUGUACAAAUUAUCAAUCUACCUAGUCACUUCAAAGUAUAGAUAGUUAUCAGAUCGUUCGAUUCACUCACACCUCAACAUGACGGCAUACCUCCCUCGUCUCAAUGCGAUACCAUAUGAUGUCUUCGCGAACCCAGCUGCGUCAGUGCUUUUGCCCGUUGUACUGGGCACAACAGUAGGGUUUAGUUCCCGGCCUAAACAGACACAGACCACAUAUGCCGCUAUGAAGCAGCCACCCCUGCGCCCUCCGCCACGGGUCUUUGGCCCCGUGUGGACUGUACUGUAUGGCUUAAUGGGAUAUGCAGCUCACCGCGUCGUGACUAAGCAGUACCCAUCGCUUCUCGCCUCGACGGAACACAUAAGGAUUCUGUAUUCCGCGCAGCUGGGGCUGAAUCUGUUGUGGAUGCCUCUAUUCUUUAGCCUGAGGAGACCAGUUCUCGCACUGGCUGAUGUUGUGUCGCUAGCGGGGCUCAAUGGAUAUCUAACGUAUUUGUACUUCUCGGUCGAUAGUGUGGCGGGUUGGUGUCAAAUACCGUAUAUGGCCUGGCUUGGGUUCGCGACUUAUUUGACGGCCGGAGUAGGCUACUUGAACAAUUGGGAUAUUUCCGAGGCUACGUUGGCGAAAAGAGUAUAAGUGGAAAUAAUGCCAGAUAUAAUCACCCGGAAUAAUGUAGGUGAUAGAUUUGGUUGUGUGGUAGAUCCCGAUUCAUAACUAGGGGUUAGUCUACCUCUCGCCUUCCUCGAUGGACACGCAUAACGUGUUGCAUACACC